AUGAAGGUGGCGCUGUGAACAGGUGCGACAAACAGCUUUCAAAAUCCUAUAAAAGUAGGAAAAUGCCACAUUCCAGAGAGAUGUGGCUAUAUUUAUUAAGUUUAUCCUGUCUGAUAUCGUAUGGGUUAAGUUUAAACUGCUAUGAAUGCCAAUCAAAAGACGACACAGUGUGCCUAGAUCCCUUCACAGACAGUCGGAAGGAGGUGGUUGGGGAAGCAGAAUGUGGCGAAAAAGCCACACACUGUGUCAAAUACAAAACCAUCAUGCAUCUCCUGGACUCUGGGUUCAUCACAGGAAGAGCCAGAGAGAUUGUUGUGACCUCCCGGUUUUGUCUGAUUAAGCCGGGAGCCAGCGAUGGUUGUACAGCAGUGGAGGGUGACGGCAGCUUCUAUAUUCAGUGUCUGUGUAGUACAGACAACUGUAACAGUGGAUGGUCAUUGCUUCCAAACAUCUUUGUGAUUCUAAUUACAUGUCUUACAGCAUCAUGGUUUCUUAGGAGAUAACCGUCCUAACUUUAAUUUGUUAAUUUCUAUACAGACUGUUAAUUAGAGACGGAUUUUUCUACAUAUCACAGAAUGUUAUAUUCAUAGCAUAAUUGAGUGGAUAUAAUGCAGCAACAAUAUUUCUGGAAAUUUUUUUUUGGUUUGCAUUUGAAUUUGACUCCCAAGAAGUUUUGAAAACUUUUUAUCAUCUUUUCCAUUUGAAGAUAUGGGCUCAUACUUGGCUGGCCCAGUCUGAACAAGUGCUACUCACGUAACACAAGCAUAACUAUUUUGUAUAAUCUUAAAACUGGAUAGAGUGUGCCAUUCUGUACAUAAAUCCUUAAAAUAUUUGUCACUGUCAUGGGUUGACCAGGUUUUCAUUUUUACAAACUUCAUUGUACUGGUUGUGAUUUUUCAUCUAUUUCUUCACAUAAGUCAGUAGUUUAGUGCAUACAUUUAAUCCCAUCAUAACAGAGGCAAUGAAAUGUUCUUUUUAAUAUAUAUUCUGUUUUGUACUACCAUUGGUGUAAUUAUGCAUUCCAGAACAUUUUAGUCAUGUACAUUGUACAGAUAUUUUUUAAUGAUUGUAUUUAGUAUUUUGAUGAAUUACUUUGUCAAGAUGUGUGUUUAUAUGUCCUUGAUCAUAUCAAGUCAUCUUUUAUAUAUGCAAUUUAUAAUAUUUUAUAUACAUGUGAAUAAAAUUUUACUAAAAUUU